ACCACCCUGCUCGAAUAUAGAUGGCGAUUAUAGUGCGGCAAUUACAUGUUCGUCAGGCACUACAGGUCCUCCCAAAGGUGUCUGCAUGUCUCAUAAGGCGAUAUUGAAUCAAAGAUUACACCACACCCUCAGUACCGACUCGGUUGCCUUUUCGUUCAGCUCGAUCUAUUGGGUUUCUGGCUUUGGACUUUGAAGGAAUCGCUUUUACGUGGUUGCUUGCGUAUCGUAACCACCAAGCCCUUUACACCCGACUACUUUAUGGAUUUGGUAAAGCGUCAUCAGGUGACUCAUGUUAUUAUUAGUACCGUAAAUAUGACUGAAAUCGCACUUUUAAAUAAACCAGAGUGGAAGGAUUGCAUGAAAUCCAUAGAUACCAUGCUCUGUGGUGGUUCAAAAGUACCUAAAGUUACUUAUGAAACUAUUAAUGCACUUUUAGAUGAUAACACAAAAAAACCUGGAUUUGUGGUGGCAUAUGGCAUGACCGAAUUAGCUGCUUUACUCACCAAUAACUAUGUUUCAUUGGGCCGUGGUCUCAAUGGAUCCGAUGGCAAACUGUUGCCUAAUAAAGUUGUGCGAAUUCUAGAUAAAGAUGGCAAUGCUUUGGGCAUUAAUGAGCACGGUGAAAUACACAUUAAAUUCCGUUACAAUUGGUUGGGUUAUAUGAAUAACCAGGCGGGCCUUUGAAAAGGUUUUCAAAGAUCAAUGGUUUUCAACUGGUGAUGUGGGCUAUUUCGAUGAACAGGGCUUUUUGCAUAUUUGUGCCCGUGAUCAAGAUGUCUAUAAGUCCUAUAAUAUUCACAUUUACCCUGAGAAGAUUGAAAAUGUCAUCUUAAGAAUUCCCGGUGUACAAGAGGUCUGUGUCUUUGGCAUUCCCCAUCUUGUAUAUACCAAUGUCUCGGCCUGUGCUGUGGUACGUGCCAAAAAUUCUGAAGGUGAACAGUUAACUGAAGAUUUGAUUAAGAAGGUGGUGAGUGAGGAACUGUUGGAAUACUAUCAUUUGCGUGGUGGUGUUUAUUUCUUUGAUACUCUACCCAAAACGGGCUCCGAUAAAAUUAAGAGAAGUCACAUACGUGAUCUUGUUAUCAAAGAUAUGAAUAUUAAAUUUGAUUAAAAUUGUGUUUUUUAGAGUUUAUUAUACUUUUAUUUUAGAAAGUGCUACUGUUUUUGUAGAUAA